AUGCAUUCGUUGUAUGAACAUUUAUUGAGUGCUUGCUGCAUGUACAUAAACAGGAGUUGGCCCCCCGCACCUGCCUGCCAUCUGCCCUUCUUCCCUACAUAUGCUUUCCCGUACAUCUGGCCCUACCCACUGCACUCCCCUCCCCCCCAGGACUGAGUCCAGCCCUGACUUCCCGGUGCUGCUGGUGGAGAAGUUGCUUCAGGAACAUCUGGAGGAGCAGGAGGUCGCACCCCCAGCUCUGCCGCCUAAACCCCCCAAGGCAAAGCCUGCCCCUGCAGGCCUGGCCAAUGGGGGGAACCCACCCUCCCUGCAGGACGCUGAGUGGUACUGGGGUGACAUCUCCAGGGAGGAGGUGAACGAGAAGCUCCGGGACACGCCUGAUGGCACCUUUCUGGUCCGAGAUGCAUCUAGCAAGAUCCAGGGGGAGUACACACUGACCCUCAGGAAAGGCGGGAACAACAAGCUGAUUAAAGUCUUCCACCGCGACGGGCACUAUGGUUUCUCAGAACCACUCACCUUCUGCUCCGUUGUGGACCUCAUCACCCACUACCGCCAUGAGUCGCUGGCCCAGUACAAUGCCAAGCUGGACACCCGGCUCCUCUACCCAGUGUCCAAGUACCAGCAGGACCAGAUCGUCAAGGAGGACAGCGUGGAGGCGGUGGGUGCCCAGCUCAAAGUCUAUCACCAGCAGUACCAGGACAAGAGCCGCGAGUAUGACCAGCUGUAUGAGGAGUACACCCGCACCUCCCAGGAACUGCAGAUGAAGCGCACGGCAAUUGAGGCCUUCAAUGAGACCAUCAAGAUCUUUGAAGAGCAGGGCCAGACGCAAGAGAAGUGUAGCAAGGAAUAUCUGGAGCGCUUCCGACGUGAGGGUAAUGAGAAAGAGAUGCAGAGGAUCCUGCUGAACUCAGAGCGGCUCAAGUCUCGCAUCGCUGAAAUCCAUGAGAGCCGCACAAAGCUGGAGCAGGAGCUGCGGGCACAGGCCUCAGACAACCGGGAGAUCGACAAGCGCAUGAACAGCCUCAAGCCAGAUCUCAUGCAGCUGCGCAAGAUCCGAGACCAGUACCUUGUGUGGCUUACCCAGAAAGGCGCCCGGCAGAAGAAGAUCAACGAGUGGUUGGGGAUCAAAAAUGAGACUGAGGACCAGUACGCGCUGAUGGAGGAUGAGGAUGACCUCCCCCACCAUGAGGAACGCACGUGGUAUGUGGGCAAGAUCAACCGAACACAGGCUGAGGAAAUGCUGAGUGGCAAGCGGGAUGGUACCUUCCUCAUCCGGGAGAGCAGCCAGCGGGGCUGCUACGCCUGCUCUGUGGUGGUGGACGGCGACACGAAGCACUGCGUCAUUUACCGCACGGCCACAGGCUUCGGCUUCGCGGAGCCCUACAACCUGUACGGGUCGCUGAAGGAGCUCGUGCUGCAUUACCAGCACGCCUCGCUCGUGCAGCACAACGAUGCGCUCACGGUCACGCUCGCCCACCCGGUGCGCGCCCCCGGCCCCGGCCCCCCGCCCGCCGCCCGCUGACCCCCGAGCGCCGGGACCGCACGGAGCCGAGGCACUGCUGGGCCAGGAGGCUGGGGCGGCAGCCCCACCCGAGGGCUCGGUCUUUUGGGUUUUCUGUCUGUCUCUCUCCUUGAUGAGUCUCUUCCUGUCUCUCUCUUUCUGUCCACUUCUCUCUUUCCAAGCCUCUCUCUCCGUCUUUCCCUGUCACUCUCUUUCCCUCCCUGUCGGUCUGUCCUUCUCUCUGGCCCUCCGUGUCUCUGGGUUGGGGGUCCUGCCUCCCCGGCCCCAUACGCCCCUCUCCCGUGGUCACUGCCCUCUGGCCACCCCGAACCCUGUGCCCUGCCCCCCAGAGGCCCCCCCACGGUCCCUGAAGACCCACCUGGCUGCACCUGCCAUGUUUACACAGAGGCCCCUGGGCUGUGCGGCCCGAGCCUGGGUGCCCCAAUUUUUAAGCCAUAGACCUGGGGUCACGGCAGGAAGGAACUUUACUUGGCCACUUCCAAGAACCACUUUGGCCGGGACAUUCUGGGCUGGGCGGGACCCGCCCCACAGACCCCAACUUCCCCUCUAAACCCUGAAGUGAAACCACCACUUGGUUGUCCCCACAUAGGGGCCACUGCUAAGAAGUACCCCCCAAAAAAGAAAAGAAUUAAAAAUAGACAGCGAAGCCGGCCCCACCCGGCAGCAGGCCUCCCAGAAAUAGAGGCUGCCCGCGCUGCCGGGGCGGCGAGACGCACCACUGCCCACAGCUCUUCUGCUCCACGUGGAGUCAAGGCUUCUCCUCGAUCAUGCUGGAUUCUGAUUUUAUCUUUUCUUGACUGUAAAGCCCUUUUUUCUCUCCUCUUUUGGGAUGAGAGCCCUGGUUUUCUACACUCCCCGCGGACCCCCCUCCUGCCUGCCCAGCUAGGCUGGUGGCAGGUUUUGUAUGGUACGUUGAUACUGAUAAGGAUAUAAAACAUGGAACAUGUGGA